AUGGCUGAUAUCUACGACGGCAGGUUAUGGAAGGAUUUUAUGACCAUUAACGGCAAGGACUUUCUCAAAGCUCCACGAAACUACGGCUUACAGCUUAAUUUCGACUUCUUCCAGCCAAUGAAGCGAAGAAAAGAUUAUUCGGUUGGGGUUUUCUAUUUGGUUGUACUCAAUUUACCACGGGCAGAAAGAUAUAAGUGGAAGAAUGUAAUUGUAAUUGGCAUUGUACCAUCAUUUGAUAAGGAACCAAAAAAUUUAAAUCCUUUCCUUGAACCUGCAGUUAAAGAAUUACAAUGUUUGUGGAAGGGGAUGAAGUUAAAGUCGUCAAAAUGCAGGUUUCCAAUCACUUUCAGAGCAGCAAUUAUGUCUGUUUCAGCAGACAUACCUGCAAUGCGAAAGCUUGGAGGAUUUAAAAGCCACGCGGCUCUUCAUGGAUGUUCCCGUUGUUUAAAAUCGUUUCCAAGAUCUUUUGGAACUAAACCAGAUUAUUCUGGUUUCUGCAGAAUGCAAUGGACACCAAGAACAAAUGCACAACACAGACGCAAAGCUCAAUGUUUGGAAAACAUUCGCCCUUCCACAAAAAAGGAUGAAUUCGGAAAAAAACAUGGAAUUACACAUUACAGUGUCCUACUUGAUCUUGAGUACAUUGAUGCGAUUCGGUUUUUUACCAUUGACCCAAUGCAUAAUCUUUUUCUUGGAACGGCCAAGAAAAUGUUUAGCUUGUGGAUAGAAACACAUUUAUUAUCCAUCAAGAAUCUUGAAGAGCUGGAGAAAAAGAUUCAAGCCAUGGACAUUCCAAAUUCAGUCGGAAGAUUACCUGCUAAAAUAUCUUCCAACUACGGAAGUUACACAGCUGAACAGUGGAAAAAUUGGACGCUGAUAUACUCUCUCGUAUGCCUAAAAAACAUUCUUCCGGAAGCCCAUUUAUCAUGUUGGCAAACGUUUGUACUAGCUUGUACAUACAUAUGCAAACCAGUGAUUUCUGUUGCUGAAUUAGAAGUGUUUGACGGGUUAUUUGUGAAAUUUUGCAAGGAAGUUGAAGCAUUAUAUGGCAAAGAAGUAAUUACGCCAAAUAUGCAUCUUCAUUGUCAUUUAAGAGAUGUACUAUUAGACCAUGGCCCCUCCGCUAGCUUUUGGUGCUUCAGCUUUGAGCGAUACAAUGGAAUACUAGGCAGUACACCGACAAACAAACGAUCGGUAGAGUUGCAACUAAUGAGAAGGUUUCAGCUUUCACACUUUCUGGAAGCUAGAGAUUACCCUAACAUGUUUCAACAGGAUUUACUACCACUGUGCUCACAAACUGAGAAAGAUAAGAGCGUAGGUUGGAUAGAGACCACUGACUGGCAAACUCGUAUGCAAGUUGACAAACUAGCUUUUUCGAGACCACUGCCACAGGGCAAGUUGUGGGGCAACCUAUCAGGUAUAUUCACUCAGGAAAACUACAAACUGAGUUCAUUAGACUGUGAUGAUGCAGCAUUGCUCGUUGAAGUCUACAAGGUUUUGUACCCAGACCUGAGCAUUAAUGCAAACCACAUAGGCUUGUUAAUCAAGAAGUUUGGCUCAGUUGUUAUUGGUUCAACAAAGUUUGGUUCUAAGCUUGAGCCAAGAAGCAUACGCUCAGCAAGAAUUUUGGCAUCUUGGACAAAAAGUGACGGAAGUAUUAACAAGGAAACAUUUUGCCUUUCACCAGGCACUGUGAGUUAUUACUUCAAACACACACUUGACAUCGAAAGCGAGAAAGUCACGCAUGUGUUUGCCAGUGUAAAGUGGCACAAGGAAGUCCCUAACAGAGACAAAAUCGGUAACCCAGUACAAGUGUGGUCACCAAAGUACCAAGAACCCGGCUGUUCUGUUUUUAUGCCUGUACAAAGAACAUACUCGCAUUUUGCUACCUCAAAGUAUGGCAACAGCAGAAUUGCAGUAUGUGCACUUUUGAGAAAAUCCUUUUUGUAA